GGGAGGUGUACUUAUGGUUGAGUGGCUCGCACUAGAGAGAGACCGGCCCACUCCACUAAAAUCAUUCAACUGGUGAACGAGGGAGCACACUCAACUCUGACGGAGCGAGAGAGGGAGGGAGCAGCAGAGUUUUUUCCGUUGGGUUGGCAGGUGGACUGUGAGCUGAGCUGAACUUUGCAGCCUCCAAACUUCUGACAGAGGAGACAAAGACAGAAGGACAGAGAGGAGCCGGAGCGAGGAAAGGAAUCUUCUCCGUCUCAAGGACUGAAUUUUGAUUGACUUUUGUCCUGAUUUGGACUCUCGGAGAUCCGACUGCCUCUUCAGAGCAGCCUCUCAGGUGUUUUGCUGGCAGCAUGUCUUUGUUACCUUUACUGGGCUGGGCCCUCCUGGUCCUGGUGCAGAUCCAGAGCGGGAAAUCCUCCGUGGACCUGAAGUCCAGGCAUCAGCCCAUCUCCCUGAUGGUCCAGUCCUUACCGGAUGCCUCCAGCGUCCACUGCCCAUCCUGCGCCCUGGCCAGGAUGAGGAGAAAUGAAGGGACGCCAGCCGCCGGCGACGACUUGCUCGGGUACGAGGAGGAGAAGGCGGCUCAGCCGGACGUGGUGGAGGCGGUGAAGAGGCACAUCCUUAACAUGCUCCACCUGCAGGCCCGGCCCAACAUCACCCGGCCGGUGCCGCGCGCCGCACUCCUCAACGCCCUGCGCAAACUUCACGUGGGGCGAGUGGCCGAGGACGGCAGCGUGCAGAUCGAGGGCGAGGAGGAGUCGAGAGGGCGGGGAGGUCCUGGAGGAGGCAAGGGGGGAGGAGCGGCGGCGGCAGCUCGGGCGGGAGACGGCGGCGACGCGCCGGAGACGACGGAGAUCAUCACCUUCGCCGAGGCGGGUGACUCUCAGGGCGUGGUCAACUUCGUCCUCUCCAACGAAGGAGGCGAUAUGUCGCUGGUGGAGCAAGCUAACGUCUGGCUCUUCCUGCGGUUAGCUAAAUCCAACCGCAGCAAAACCAAGGUCACCAUCCGCCUCUUCCAGCAGCGCCUGCUCACAAACGGACGCCCAGAUCCUUCGCAGGACGACGUCCUCCUGGCAGAGAAGACCGUGGACACCCGGCGCAGCGGCUGGCACACCUUCCCCGUUUCUUCGGCGGUGCAGGCGCUGCUGGAGAGCCAGGGAAGCCCCACGCUGAGCCUGCGGGCGACCUGCCCGCUCUGCAGCGACACCGGCGCCACCCUCGUCCUGGUCUCCGGCGGCUCGGAGAAGUCGCAGCGCGGCAACCAGAGGGAGCAGUCCCACCGUCCCUUCCUCAUGGCCGUGGUGCGGCAGGCGGAGAGCGCGGACUCCCGGCGGCGGAGGAAGCGUGGGCUGGAGUGUGACGGGAAGGUGAGAGUCUGCUGCAAGAGACAGUUCUUCGUCAACUUCAAGGACAUCGGCUGGAGCGACUGGAUCAUCGCGCCCAACGGCUACCACGCCAACUACUGUGAGGGAGAGUGCCCCUUCCACAUGUCUAGCUUCGGCGGCUCCUUCCACUCCACCGUCAUCAACCGCUACCGCAUGAAGGGCUACAGCCCCUUCCAGAACCUGAAGUCAUGCUGCGUGCCCACCCGGCUACGGGCCAUGUCCAUGCUCUACUACAACGAGGAGCACAAGAUCGUGAAAAAGGACAUCCAAAACAUGAUCGUGGAGGAGUGCGGCUGCUCGUAAUGACGCAAAGCCAACGAGGCGGAGCAAACUGGACCGGAGAGGCAGCGAG